UCCAUCCUCCACUACAGCGGACCGGUUACUUGCCUACUACACACACGACCAAAGCACCGCACCAAGCACCACCACCACUUUUUAGACCUGCGGGAGCUAUUUCAAAUGCACAUCUUCUCCAAGUCACCCAAAAAACCUCCUAAGAAGCCUUCGAACAGCGACGAAGAAUCCACCUCCUCACGAUCGCGCUCGCCCCCCAAGAAAUCCGUCUCCUCGUCCUCCUCGAAAUCCGCCAGAGCAGCAGCCAAGGAAGAAAAUAUUAGGCCUGGGCAAGGAUCUGCCGCCAGGAGCAGCCGCAGUUUUCAAAAAUCUGUCCCGCACUCACCCCGUCAUCCCUACGACCCGAAUUCUCACCCUCUCAACCUUCCACCAGACCAGCUGCGGCGGCUCUCUGCGCUCUCCAGCAUGUCUGACCCAGACCGUAUGGAUGUUGAUACUGAAGGUCCGGUGGCUGCACCGACCUCACCCCCAACACAGCCAAAUCUACCACCAACCUUCGAGACCCCAACACCGAAAACAAACGGCACGAAUGGUCCUGCAAAUGGGCCAAAGGAGAAGGAACAAGAGGGACCAACGCCCCCACCGCACAAGUCGACCCCUACCAGUCCUACACCGGCACCUGGUCCUGCGGUGGAUGAGGCUGAAGCCUUCAAGGCCGCCGGCAAUAAGUUUUAUAAAGCAAAGGAAUACAAGAAGGCAAUCGAGGAGUAUACAAAAGCUGUCGAAGCACAACCUACUUCAGCCACAUAUCUCAGUAAUCGAGCAGCAGCUUACAUAUCCAAUGGUCAAUAUAUCAAUGCAUUAGAUGACUGCACUCGAGCAGACGAACUCGAUCCUCAGAAUCCCAAGAUCUUACUCCGACUUGCUCGCAUAUACACAAGCUUAGGCCGUCCCCAAGAUGCCCUGGACACCUAUGCUCGUAUUCAACCGCCUGCAUCUGCGAAGGAUAUUGCUCCUGCUAAAGCCAUGCUGCAACAUGUCCAAGUAGCCGAAGAUGCUCUGCGGAACGGCACAACUGGAUCAAUGGCGUUACAUGCACUGGACCAGGCCGAGAAAUUGCUCGGUCUCGGAGCCCAAAAGCCACGAAAGUGGCAGUUAAUGAGAGGAGAGGCCUACCUGAAGAUGGGUAAUGUUAAUGCUUUGGGAGACGCACAGAAUAUUGCCAUGUCUCUGCUACGGAACAACAACCAAGAUCCUGAGGCUUUAGUAUUACGAGGUAGAGCACUUUACGCGCAAGGAGAAAACGAAAAAGCAAUUCAGCAUUUUAGACAAGCCCUCAACUGCGACCCGGAUUACAAGGAUGCCGUCAAGUACUUGAGGAUGGUCCAGAAGUUGGAUCGAAUGAAAGCUGACGGUAAUACUGAAUACAAGGCUGGACGAUUCCAGGCAGCAAUCGACAAGUACUCUGAAGCCCUUGAAGUUGAUCCUCUGAACAAGGGCACGAACUCAAAGCUGCUGCAGAACCGAGCACUGUGUCGUGUUCAGCUCAAAGAUUACAAGGGUGCGGUUUCUGAUUGUGAGAAGGCCAUAUCUCUGGAUCCUACCUACACAAAAGCCAAGAAGACCAAAGCUACUGCGUUGGGACAGUCGGGUGAUUGGGAGGCAGCAGUUCGUGAGCUGAAGGAGUUGCAAGAGCAAGAUCCAUCAGAUGCUAGCAUCGUCAAGGAAGUACGAAAGGCUGAAUUGGAGCUGAAGAAAAGCAAACGAAAGGACUAUUACAAGAUUCUUGGAAUCGAUAAGGAUGCAGAUGAGAACGCCAUCAAGAAGGCUUACAGAAAGGCAGCUAUCAUUCACCACCCAGAUAAGAAUCUGGACAAUGAAGAUGCAGCCGAGAUAUUCAAGGACGUUGGUGAGGCUUACGAGACGCUAAGUGAUCCCGAGUAAGUUUGAAUCUAUAAGAACAGUCUCGAAUAGUGCUAAUGAAUUUACAGGAAGCGUGCACGGUAUGAUAGUGGUGAGGAUCUUAUGGACCCGAUGGAAGGAUUUGGCGGAGGUGGAAUGGGAGGUGGUAUGAGCAUUGAUCCGGAGAUUCU